AUGACCAAGCGCGUCUGCCAGCGUGCCAAGAGCUCGUCGAGCCUGCCAGACGUCGCCCUCCACCGCAUUCUCCGCAUGCUGGAGAAUGGCUGCGACGUCGCCGCCUUCCUUGCUGCGCAGCCGCCGUUGACCCUGCCGCCCGAGCUCCUCGCGCUGCGAGACCUCGGCGCCGCCAUCAACCUCGCCGACCACUGGCCUGUUGUCCAUGUGACCAAGAUCCCAGUCCAGCAUGCUCGCUUGGCCAUCGCCGCGCUACCAGUGUUCAAGGGCAUCCACGUGGACCCGGGUUUUGCGGCGCUCGCCUGGCUCGACGCGACGCUACCGCCGCAUAUGCCCGUGUCGCUCGAUGUCGACCCCAAGGUUCCCGGCGCGCUCUGCGCCUUUGUGCACGUCUGGGGCAGCCACGUCGUCAACGUUGUUCUCAAGGGCCGCUAUGUCGAGCUCGACCCGAUCCCCGACGUCCUCGCACGCUGCGUCAACGUGGAAUCGGUGACCAUCAAGAACCGGGCCGGGCCAGAAAAGACAACGAC